AAUUAAUAUUGUUUUGUAGUUUGUAAAAAAUGAUUACUAGAUUUUUGCUUGUGGCCGUUUUUACUUUAGUUUUAAAAAACGCCCGAACACAGACCAUCGAUGACUUAGCCCCUCAGAAUCCAGUGACCAUUGCAUCAUCGCCUACAACGGCUUCAAAAUGGGAACAACUCAUACCAGCGCUUCAACUAAUUAGAGCCAACACCGAAAUCAAAAAAGAAAGACUGCAUAAUGUCAUGAAAUUAAUCAAAAUCAUUUUAGCUGAAGAAAUGGAGAAUAAAGAAGGGUCUAAGAUAGAUUCUGAUGAAGGUAUAGAUGAGAAGAAGAGAGAAGAAAAAGAAGAGGCUAUGAAUGUUAUAAAUAAAGAAGAAGAACAAGAAAAAGGGGAUGCUUUCUCUAUUCCAGUUAUUGAUUUUGAAAGCAUAGUAGAUGAGAGACUUCAAAGUAUAAAAGAGAUCAUUGAUGAUAGAAAUUUUAUGUUAGAUAAAUCAAAAUAUGAGUGUGAAAAGGAUGAAAAUGAUAUGCCGAAGAAUAAAUCAGCUAAUAUUAGCGAUAUUGUUAACAAAAUCUCGACAGCUUUAAACAAAUUAAAAGAACCAAAUCGUCCAGAACCCGAAACGGAAACACCGAACUUGAUACCAAUAUUCAGAUCCAAAGAAAACAUUAAUAGUUUGAAUUCUUUGAAACUGUCAGAUUCAAGACAAGCUGAAAUUAUCCCUACAUCCAACUUCCCAGCGUUCACAAUCCCUUGCCAGAAAGCUUCAGAUAUUUUAGCAGAAACAGCAACUUUUCCAUUACCAAACGACGUAUUGUGUAAUAAUCCAAGUGGGAAUUUAAAAGCAAUGGCUAAGAACACUAAGUUGAAUUUGGAUAAUCUGCCUUUUGAGAACAUAGUACCUAAUUCGAUUACUUGUGUUGAUUCUGAGGAUUCUCUUGCAGUAUUGUUUAAACCUAAGGCAAUAUCAUUGAUGCAGGUCUACGGAAAUUUGUUGAAAAAAAUUACUAUCACUGUUCUUGUUCCUUAUUACGUAUCCAAAUUACCAUUCUAGUGAUCAGUAUCAUCAUCAUCAUCAUCAUCAUUGUCAGCAGCCUAUAAGUUGGCAGUAUCCUGUGCUAUAAGUGCCCAUACAUACAUAACCCCACGCCUGUGUAGACAGAGACUAUGGAACUCCAAUUGAUACGAUUCCUACAUACCUCUUUCGCUUCAUCAACAGUCAUCAGUCUUUUCAUGCAUGCUCGCCGGUUAACUGUACUUUUUUGGCCCUUUUUUAAUAUAUCGCCAAUCUGGUUGAUUGUGCUUGUUUAGGUCGCUUUCUACCGACGGUCCCAUUCAUAUCUAUUUCGCAUA